GACAGCCAGACUUGAGCUAAAUUAUUUUGGUACUGACUUUCCCGCGGAGAAGAACCGCACGUUAUACUUCUCUCUUACCAUCUCACCACUCUUACUUUUCCUUUUAAGUCGGGUCUCCCAACGCUCGAGAGUUGUCGAAACUGUGAGAAGAGUAUAUUCUAUAUUGUGAUCUUCAUUCGGUGGGAUCUUCGGAAGAGCAAAAAGUGCAAGGAUCGCAACAAAAGCCCAACAAUUUCUUGUGCUCUCACCAAACCUGCCAAAAUGAGUACAGCACCAGCAAAUAAGUUCUUGUCAAAGGCAUACGUUGAUGGCAUCUAUAUUCCGUCUGGCCUUUUGAUACUUGGAUGUUUUAUUGUCAAAAAAGAUUGGCUUCCGUUCGCCGUUGCUCUUGCUGCCGUGCUCGGGGGAUACAAGAUUUGGUCAAGCCAAGAAACCCCAGUUCUCAAGCCAACUGUCUUCCAAGAUUUUGAGCUCAAGGAGAAGACUGUCAUCUCUCACAAUGUAGCAAUUUAUCGAUUCAGUCUGCCAAAACCUACCUCUAUCCUCGGUCUUCCUAUCGGUCAGCACAUCUCCAUUUCCGCUGUUCUUCCCCAACCCGAUGGGUCAAACAAGGAAAUCGUUCGAUCUUAUACACCUGUCUCUGGCGAUCACCAACCAGGCUACUUCGACCUCCUCAUCAAGUCCUACCCCACCGGAAAUAUCUCUAAACAUAUGGCUUCCCUCACUGUUGGUCAAACUAUCAAGGUCCGGGGUCCAAAAGGUGCAAUGGUCUAUACUCCCAACAUGGUUCGUCAUUUUGGUAUGAUCGCUGGUGGAACCGGUAUUACACCCAUGUUACAGGUCAUUCGUGCUGUCAUUAGAGGCAGAGCUGCUGGAGAUAAGACUGAGGUCGAUUUAAUUUUCGCAAAUGUUAAUCCUGAGGAUAUCUUGUUGAAAGAUGACUUGGAUAGUUUGGCUGCUCAGGACAAGGGUUUCCGUGUUCACUACGUUUUGAACAACCCACCCGAGAAAUGGGACGGCGGUGUUGGUUUUGUCACUCCUGAAAUGAUCACUAAAUGGCUUCCUAAGCCAGCAGAAGAUGUUAAACUUUUGCUCUGUGGACCACCACCCAUGAUCAGUGCUAUGAAGAAAGCCUCUGAAGGUUUGGGCUUCAAAAAGGCAAAGCCAGUCAGCAAAUUGGAAGAUCAAGUCUUCGCCUUCUAGAAAAUCUUUUUCCAACGUUGGGACGGAGAUUGAAACAGCUAAAAUUCGAUGUUAGUAGAAUCUCAGCAAGUGUAAGCAGAAAUAGAAAAAAAAGUACGAGGAAAGAAGCGGCAAUGCUUUAAAAUCAAAUACAGGACAAUUUAUACACGAAUCCUUUUUGUGAGGCGAAAUUUUAUUUUGUGAAAGCGGUAGUCUCCA